AUGGCAAUGCAACCGCCGCUUGCCAACGACAAGAAGAGAGUCAAGGUCUAUGAGCUGCGCGAUAGUGACUGGUUUGACAGAGGUACUGGGUUUUGUACCGGACAGGUCAUCAACGAUGAACCGCGCAUCUAUGUUGAGUCCGAAGACCAACCCGAUCGCAUGUUACUGGAAACGCGCAUCGUUAAGGACGAUGGCUACCAAAAACAGCAAGACACACUGAUCGUAUGGACCGAAACAAAUGGCACUGAUAUGGCACUGAGCUUUCAGGAAGCGGAAGGCUGCGCAGUUAUCUGGGAUUUCGUACACCAGGUUCAGCAGCAGCUCAUGUCCCUUCCUGACGACGGACUUUCAGACGAUGCUCUCGAGAACAUGACUUCCUCCUUUACCCUGAGCCUACCCGAACUCAACAACCUAGACGAAAUAGAACAGAAUAUAAGGCACGCGAGUAUAACGCAAGGCGGUAGAGAGGCUUUGGCAAAAUUCUUGAUCAGAGAGGAAUAUCUACUGAAGCUGAUCCCCUUGGUGGAUGUCGCUGAGGAUUUGGAGAGUUUACCCGAUUUACAUCGACUCUGCAAUAUCAUGAAGGCUCUAAUAUUGAUGAACGAUAAUUCAAUCAUUGAAUACCUAGUCACGGACGAUGUCAUCCUCGGCGUCGUUGGCGCGCUCGAGUACGAUCCCGAUUUCCCCACGCAUAAAGCCAACCAUCGAGUGUACCUGGCGGAUGAAUCGAGAUAUAAAGAGGUGGUUGAGAUCAAAGACCAAAACAUCAAGCGCAAGAUCAGACAAACUUGGCGCCUUCAGUACCUAAAGGACGUUGUCCUCGCUCGGAUUCUUGACGAUCCCACAUUCGGAGUCCUCAAUUCUCUUAUCUUCUUCAACCAAGUUGAUAUCGUUCAGCAUCUCCAGAACAACACCACAUUCCUCAAGGAACUCUUCGCCAUUUUCAGCCUCGACAAUACCGAUGUCAAGAGGAAGGAACAGGCAGUUCAUUUCCUCCAGCAGUGCGCUGCAAUCGCCAAAACGCUACAGAUGCAAUCUAGGGCCAAUUUACUUAACAAUUUCAUUGCCCAUGGAUUGUUCGCCGUCAUCACAUUUGCUGUCAAACACCCAGAGCCUUCAAUGAGAACCACAGGCAUCGAUAUACUGGUGGCUUUGUUGGACCACGAUCCAAGCAUGAUGCGCGGUUAUAUGCUCAAAGCUGUCCAUGAGAAGAAAACCCCCCUGACAGAUACCUUGAUUGAAUUGUUACAUGCCGAAACGGAUUUGGGAGUCAAGAACCAGCUAGCCGAUGCGAUCAAGAUCUUGCUAGAUCCUCAACCUCCCUCGAAUGACCAAAUGGGAAAUCGACAAAGCUCCGAGUUCAUGACGAAACUGUCACGGCCGCAACCCACACCUACACAAGCUGCCAAUGAGCAAUUUGCGCAAGACAAUUUUGAUCGAUCAUGUCGGAAACUGUUCCAGCCCUUGAAGACCUUGGAAUUCAGAGAUUCCCUUCAAAAUUUCAGCUAUCAAGAGGUGUCUUUAUAUGGGUACCUCAUUGAUAUUCUGACCUUCUUCGUCCGACAACAUUCCAUGAGAAGCCGACCAUUUGUAUUGUCAGAGAAUUUAGGCCCACGUGUUGCACAGUUACUCAAAGUCCCUCAAAAGCCUCUAAAAUUGACUGCAUUAAAGUUUUUCAGAACGGCUGUUUCCCUGCAGGAUGGAUUCUAUGCAGCACAGGUGGUCAAGAGUGGAGCAUUCGACGCCAUACUAGAUAUUGUGAUCGACACCAUGCCCAGGGACAAUCUCCUAAACUCUGCUUGUCUUGAACUUUUCGAAUUUAUCCGAAAGGAGACUAUCAAACAGGUUAUUGUUCACCUUGGGCAACAUUAUCGGGAAAAACUUCAGAACAUCACGUACGUUGAUACGUUCGAAAAUCUUUUGAUCAGAUUCGAACAACUCACCACAGAACCUCCACCUGAACAUGAGCAUACUUUGUUCAGUCAAGACGAUGCAACCCCGCCGAUGAAUAGAACCCAUCUGAACGGAAGAUGGCAAGGGCUCGCCGACAUGGACUCAAACGAAGAGGAUUAUUUCAACACUUCUGAUGACGAUGAAGACGACAGAGAUGAUGGCGCAGACCAAGAAAAUGUGAAGGAUGUUUCAGAGAGGAUGCAAUGGCAUCGAAGACGAAUGAAGAAUGAGAUGAUGAAUGGCAGUGCUUCUCCAAUCAGCAAGCCACUGGUCGACUACCCGGACGAUGAUGAGGACGAAACGAUGGACUCCAAGAUGGUGGGUCAAUCGCAGGCACCACUAACUCCAGAUAGCAGUAAGGACGCGUCUUCACCAGAAGCCAAAGCAGUCCCGGAAAAGACACUCGAACCAUCACCGGAUAUCAAGUCAGCAGCCGAGGUAGAAGGACAGGCUCCACCAGAAAGGCUUGCGGAAAAGCGGCGAAGACAGGACGAUGAUGAAGACGACGAACUAGGAAAAUUGAGCGGAGGUCCCAAACGUCGCAAUUCAUCAUCCAGUGUUUCCAGCCUUUCAUCUCAGGGAUCCUUGCGUAGGAAGAAAGGGUUUCUGAGAUCCAAACAAGCUGCCGACAGUGCAACCACUACCAACGCCGAUACGGAGAAUCAUGUCGAAGGACGAAAACCGCGAAAGAUUGCCAUCAGUCUGUCCAAUGCUACGAAUAAAGCAGAGGAAAAAAGCAAAGCAAAAUUGCAAAACAAGUCGGCCGUUGAGGCUAAGGAACAAGGAUGA